GUAGUCGAUUGCCGUUUGAAUCUGGCAAACGUAGAAGCCAUUUUAAUUUGCGCGUUAGAACCCGAGAAUUCGACAAGAUUCGUUAUUGUCGAGAUGGUUCACUUCCACAAUUUUCCGUGGCAGCUUGCUGUAUUUCUGGAUAAGUGCGCCGGUUACUGGCCUUUCCACAGCUGGCUCAGGAAACUUACACUGCUGGUUUUUCACUCAUUGAUUGCUAUAAGCAUCGGACUUCCUCAGGUGAAUUACUGGAUAAGAUACACUGGCGACGAUAACUUGGUAGGGUUACGGUGCUCUUUAUUCUUUAUGUUUAUCACCUCUGAAUUCGUGAAGUUGUUAGCAUCAACCAAAUAUCAAAAUAUAAGACGUCGCAUCUACCGAAGGGUUGUUAAAAAUUACUGCGAGACUGUAGACGCGGAAGAAGCAAAGAUACUUCGAAAUUCGGCUAAUCAAGCUUUUAGAUUGACUGUGACGUAUUUAGUUGUUUGUGUCAUAUUCAGUAAUGUAUUCAUUACUAUGCCAUUGAUACGGUGUUGCGCUAAUUAUUUUUUUGGUGAUGGCCAAUGGAACGUCGCUUUCCCAUUUGAUGUGGAUUACGGGGUCGAGGCAAACGACUAUUGGCUUCUUGUGUAUCUUCACUAUAUUGUAUUUGCAGUGAGCAUUGUAUUCACUGCCGCCGCUUUUGAUUUAUCAUUUAUAUUAAAAAUUCAUCAUGUGUGCGCUCUGAUAAAAAUUGUCACGCUGCGGCUGGAAAAGGCUUCUCAAAUAUCUAUAGAGCUCCAAUGUGAAAAUGACGAAUUGGCGAGAGCUGAAGUUAAUUCACUCCUGAAAGAUGCAAUCAAAUUGCACGUGAAAUCAUUCGAAUUUAUUUCAUUUAUCGAAGAUGAAUAUAGCCUUUGCCUUUUCUUUUUACUUUUGAUGAAUGCAGCCAGUUUCGGUGGACUUAUACACGUUAUUUUCUCUAACACUUCCGAUCUGUUAGAGUCCUUUAGAUAUUUAUUAGUGCUCAUAGUUGUAACACUGCAUUUUUAUGUGAUGUUUUCGCAAGGUCAAAAGAUCAUUGAUUGCACCUCCGAAAUAUUUGAUGCUUGUUACAAUUGCAGAUGGUACUAUAUGUCGAGGAAGAUGCGCACUAUGUGGUUAAUAAUAUUGAUGCGCAGCUCGAAACCCUGUAAGUUAACCGGUGCCAAAUGUUUCAUUCUGUGUCUCGAAACCUACAGCAAGAUGCUCAAAGCUGGUGUAUCCUAUUAUACUGUAUUCGAAAAUUAUUAGAAUAUCGAUACGAAAAUCAAAUCUACGUUUUCUAUAUUCACUGGUGAUUUGUAAAUUAUUUUUAUGGUCUAUUUUGUGUGACGUAUAUGCGAUUGUGUAUUGUAUAGUUGUAAUAUUGCUUUGGUAAACCAAUAAAGAAACAUGUCCUAUCCACGUUAAAAAUAAAAAUGGUAUUAUAGUGUGAUGAGAGUGAGGUUCAAAUAACGAAAUACAGAAUUAUACCAAUAAUAAAAAGUAAUGUAAAGAACAAUGAGUAACACAUAUACUUCCACAACA